UGUUUUAAUUGUGUCGAUGCUGCCGUCGCAGUAGGUCCAUUGUAGUGACAUUGGUAAUGAGGAGAAAACGCCAAGAAUCGUUGUGCUACUACGUGAUGUUGAUUUCGCUCUAAUUUGUGGAUGCGGUAUGUCUCGAUGUUUGCCCUCUGUUCUCACGGAGAGAACGAAUUUAACAGCGCAGGAUGCAGAUGGGAGCAUCACUGUGGACGAGGGAGGUACCAUCAUCUUACCCUGCAAGCUAACACAGAAGUUAUCAGAAAAAGACAACGUGGAGCAGAUUUCAUGGCAGAGAAAGACGAAAGGAAAACCGGAUUUGGACAAUUUCUAUACCAUCACUAAGGAUGACGCUCGUCCCAUUAACGGGGGUGGUACGAGAUUUAAAUUUAUCGGGACAUUUGCUGAACAUAAUGGGACUCUCGAGCUAUCUAAUGCAACCGUGUUGGACACUGGAACCUACUCUUGCAUCUUUUCCGUUUUCCCCUCAGGAUAUCCUACAAUAUAUAUAAAGUUAACUGUCCGUGUACCUAAACAAACAAGUGUACAUGAUACCCGACCCACUCUUGGAAACAAAGAGGUUCCUCUCGCGACCUGCACCGCUUCCGGAUUCAAUCCACCGGCCACGGUUUCGUGGCAAACUGAGGAUGGUUUAAAAGACAAAGUGAGGUGGACAAGCAACUCAACUCUCCAAAUCAGCGAUACAACCACCACAGUGAGCACAUUGUUUGGAAAACCCACCAAAGAGAUCAACAGAAAUAAGGUCCAAUGUGUCAUCUCCUUUGAGGGACGAAACAAAACCCUAGACUUCGACAUACAGAUCUACUAUCCACCUCUGAAUGCGAGCAUCAAAAAACAACCAGAGGGUCUGGUUUUCACCUGUGAGGCUGAAGGCAACCCAAACCCAACCAUUACCUGGAGCAGGUCAGGCGACAUUCUGUCUCCAUCAGUCUUGACUCAAGGGGCCUUGCUGACAUUUGUGAAGGAAUCUCAAGACCUGGCUGGUCUCUACCAGUGUGAGGCAAAUAACACAUACGGAAGCUAUCAGAGUUUCCUCUACGUGGGUUUCUCAGGAACAAGUUUAACAGGAACAAGCUCCACAACUGGUUGGAUUUUUUUUUGUAUUCUUCUUCUGAUCAUUGUGGCAGCUGGCAUUGCUGCAUUUCUGCACAAACAUGGAUUUUUUAAACUUCCAAGGUUUCUAAGGCGUGACAGAGAGGCAGUACGAACAUCCUCACCAGACGAAGCAGCAAAUGAAGCUGCUGAACUAUAACACCAGAGGGAAAGAGUUGGAUCCCAAGUUGUCCAAGCAGGACCAUCUUUGACAGAGAUUGAAGCAACAAGAUGCUGGCUUGCUGGCUCGAUUCCUGCCUCUGUCGUUGUGUCCUUUAGCAUAACACUCCACCCACCUUGCCUGCUGGUCAGAGGGUGCAUGGCAACUGUGCUGCUAUCUGAGGCAUUAAGGGAUAUUUUGUAUCUCAUCACUUCCUGCUUCUUCAACAGAUAAGCUGCUCGACGCUUGGCAUUUAAAUGGGAACUAACCAGAACUAGCCCUCCAACCAUCAAAUCACGGCUAAGAAUAUUGUUGCCAAAGUAACCCUGAUUGUCAAGAAACAGACAAGCCUGAUAUUUAAGUUCAAUUAAACCUUAUUUAUGUAUGUUUCCUCCUCACUAACACUCCCUAUCCCACGCCAAAAAGAAAAAGGAUUCCCAUCCCUUCUGCGUCAAACAUAACUCUUUAUCACUGUGACAUCACGGCUGUCAACUGAGAAUCCUGACCUUGUGCCUAAUGUAGCCUGUGAUUGGUUUGGCCUCCAACUCCACAUUAAUAACUGAAGGAUGUUUAUUUAGGAUGGAAGUCGGCGAACCAGGACUGAAUUAUGUAAAAGGUUUUCCACUAACAUACUUAUGGACACUAUUUUUAGCAGUUAAGCUGAACUUCAUUGUUUUUAGUGAAAACAUGAGAAUUUGCAGUGAAUAAUUUGACUUAGUUUUCCAACACUGCAAAUUUAUUUUAGUACUUCAGCCACCAACAUUUGGCUUCCCUUUUGGUUACUUUUCUUCCCACUGCUGUUGUGCAUCAUAAGCAGCUGUAUGUUUAGGUCAAAUUUUUAUAUUAGAAAACAGUUAUAUAUUUAAGAGAGAAAACCCCAUGUCUCGACUUUAGAGCUGAUGUAAGCUUUUUUGUAGAGAAACACAGUGGAAUAAUUUUUUACUACACCAGUAAAAUUUAUGUUUACCACAUUUUUGUAUAUUUCUUUGCUGUGAGAAAUAUCCAAAGCAAAGACAUUGGAUGUUAAUCUGACAACAUCAAAACCUGAAAUAAAAAAUUUUCGAGGUAAAUUUUUUCUGCCUAAAUGUAUAUGAUGUAAGAAAAGGGUGCAAGUAGAGGCCCCAAUAUUGUGGCAAAAAUGUCUCAACACACAGCAGCUUAAGUGAACUCAACUUACACUUUAAUUAUUAUUAUUAUUAUUAUUAUUAUUAUUAUUAUUAUUAUUAUUAUAGAAGCAUAGACACCUGUUAAAACAUCAGUGAGCAUGAAAAGUAACUUAAAAGUUCUUCUGUCCCCUCAGAAAAACUUUGAAGUUCUUCUGAGGGUUUUUGUUUCUUUGAAGCAGAAACUAAAACUUAUAAUAACCCUUCUUGGAUGGACGUUGGUGGAAAUCAGCCCACACCAGGGCCAUUUCAGAGCUUAAUUUUCCUCUUAUUAUGUUAUUUUGUUGAUUUUUAGGUGGAUACUUGGAGUUACUAUGAUGCAGGAAAAUGAAACCAUCGAUUAGCAUCUAGUGGACGACUGAAGGGUUUUUGAACCCAAACUUUGUUUUGAAGUAUUUACAACCUUAUCCAAAAAAUCCUCAGUUACAUAUGAGGAAAAUAAAUCCUCCAGCAUGACCAAGGCACCACUUUGUUAAAAAAAAAUCCCUGACAUUUAAACUUUUGAGAGGCACUGAAUGCACAUCAUGCAUGAGUUUGUCCAUCCAUCCAUCCAUUUUCUUAUACCCAUGUCCCUCAGUGGGGUCGGGAGGGGUGCUGGUGCCUAUCUCCA